AUGUCUACUCCAACUACUCAAGAACCUGAAGCACCUAACUUUGAAAUAGCUUCAAAUUUGCUUCAACCAAAUAUAUCUCAACGAUACUCUAUCUCUUUCUCUCCAAUCAAUACCAAACUAUUGACCGACAAAAAUUCUUCCAUGACUUAA